AGCCAUGCAGUUUGUAUGUUUAAUCUUACGUGCAAACCAGCGCUAAUGGUAAUACAAACUGUUGGUACGAAUGAAGAAGAGAAGUGACACGUAUGGCUGCUAAAAUCACGUGACCUAAUCAUUGAAGGAAGCCAGUGACAGUUAACUAAUGUUCAAUCUUUAAUUAACCAAAAUCACAUUUAUCUGGAUUUCAGUAAUCAAUUGAUUUUGAACUCAAUGGAAAGGAAGUUUGUGAAAUCGCGGAAAGCACAGAAGGCAGCAGAACUGAGAGUUUCAGCCAAUGUAUCAAUCCAGGAAACCAAAAACCAGGUUCUGCCGGAUGUUUCUCUGCUGGAGGUGGGAAACUACGAGGAAAAUGCGCAGAAGCAGAUCGCUCUCCUCAGAGACCCCAUUGAAAAAGAUCUCCUGACGUUUCCAGCUGAUGAUUUCAAGUGGGUGAAAAAAGGGCGUGUGCUGUCAACAGCAGUGAAUCCAACUGUUGUCAGUGCUGAGUUGCUGAAAGUCGAGGCACCAUUUACAAAAGAGUGCAUUGAUUUCUACCGUAGCGACUAUGAGUCAAUUCAGUUCAAACAUGCCAACCUCUCUGGGUCCUACUUCUCCCUCCUGCGUGACUCAUCAGUCGCAGACGCCAGCACGAAUGAAUUAACAGGUUCCAGUCACCUGUUCAGUGCACUGCCUACUCAGAGAUUCGAAUUGGAUGUGGAAAACAGCAUCAAUUUAUCACAACAGAUUCGAGAAAAUAAUAUCGUGAAGCAGGGUUACUUGUGGAAAACGCCGUUCAACAGAAAAGGGGAGAAACAUUUCUUCUCGAAGAACUCGUUCAAGAAGCGCUUCUUUGCCCUGAAGCAGAUCCAAGAUGGAAGCUUCAAUCUGGACUACUGGAAAGACGAGAAGAAAGAAGUGCACAAGGGUUGUCUCAACUUGGAGAGCUGUCUAUCCGCCUCAAAGCUGCCUCUUUCGAAGUCCAGUUUCUCGUCGGGGGGAAGUAAGUUUGUGAUUGAGUUGCACUUUGAGAACAGACAGAUACUACAAGUGGCAACUGAGAGCGAAGCGGAACAGGAGGAGUGGGCAUCUGUAUUACAUAGGGCCAUUAUCACGUCCAACUCACUAGACGCACAGAGCUGCUCAAACCAGUCUGUGGGCACUGUUGAUGACGAGAGCUACAACUCAGAUGUAUCUGACGUCUCAGAUGUCAAUCAGCAGCAACAUGCUCCUUCUAGCAGGACAAAGUCACUUUCCAACACAUUUGUGUCCAAGAGUAAAACAUUGGCCCCUUUUGCACCAGGGUCCACAAAAGAUCCAGAAUUGGGAUCGGACAUUCAGAGGUACUGCAAGGAAACUGACAGAUCAGUAGCUGAAGCGAGAAAGAAAGACAGACUGUCCCUCUUCUCAAUCUACACAGACUUGGACGCCGAAGAGCAAACAUACUUGGAGAUGGAAGACAACAUGAAGUUCUACAAGGAGGACGAUAUGGCACCUCCGUAUCAACCAGCGAAUAAAGGCAGAUUGGAUAUUUUGAUGACACUUGAAAAGCUGGACUUCCCACUGAAGGUGGCACAGGAUGGAACCAAACAGUACAAUAUGGAGCCUUUCUUCACAGUCAUCAGUCUGCAUAAUGUCAACUCCGGACUUAAAAUAUCAGAAGACAUCUGGAUAGACGGCAACCCCGGACCAGUCUGGAAAAUGAUCAAAUACGACGACUUACCAGUGAACCCCGAUAACCCAAAUCAAUCACAACAACCUCAGAAAACUGUCAGAAGUCAUAUAGUCGAUGAUUCGAGAGUUAAUUUUCUAAAAGAAGUCGUUUUUACAGUUCCUGAAGAUACCCCGAUAGAACACCUUUUUGUGUAUGUCCGAAUAGAAAAAGUACUACAAGGUGCAAUUACGUCAUCGUUUGAUGUGUACGGAAAGUCGGGAAUUGACCAGGAAAAUAAAAGUGUUCAAAAGUAUCUGAAGCAGUUACACAUGUUUUGUCAGAAGUUUGGGUCCAGAUUCAGAACUCCAUUUUGCUGGGCAGCAGUUCCAGUACCUGCAAACCUAGUCAGCACUUACGCUGAUGAAGCGAAAGGAGUUCAUAGAAUUUCUUCGCCCUUGGUCAAAAUUGACCAGUGUAAAUUGGGUCCAGAAAGCGUCAAACGCAAUCUCGUGGAUUCUAAGAAUUAUCUGGAUAGACCAGAAAAAUUUGCGAACCGAUUUGGGUUUUUACCUGAUGCUAACAUUGUGUUCACGUUUCAAAAUAUGACCUUCAUGGAUUCUAAUCAGACUGAAGUAUUGAACCCAUUUCUGGUUCCAAAAGCAAACGAAAAACAAACUACGAAUCAAAGAAUGUCUAAAGACGUUUUCAAACGACUCGCACGAGAAGCAUUUCUGUUUUCACCUUUUUCGCAUUUAAUUGAUAACCCUCAUUCAGAAUAUGUUAACACAAUGUUCGUAAAUCAAAUGCGACUUAAGUUCGAUUCUCAGAAAGUUUUCGCGAAAGCUCGCAACAUAGCAUGCAAUGUAAAGUUUUUCGAAAACGAUUCCUGUCAAGCCGCAUCUCUUUUGUGCAUCUACAACGCAAUAUUAGGUCAGAACAGUUGUUUUACAGACCAGUACACGACCUCUAUUGCACAUCACAAUACGAAUCCAGAUUAUCAGGAUGAAAUUAAGAUCGAACUGCCUGCUGAACUUAAUUCGAAACAUCACAUUUUGUUCACAUUUUAUCACGUGAGUUGUGACCAAGUUUCGAAACUCACGAGUAACAGUGCCACUGUCGGUAAGAAGGCAGGAGCUUCGUUGUCGUCUCUGGAAACGAGUGUGGGUUACGCUUGGAUCUCUUUAGGUUCAAUUUUGGACCAAAGUAGCUUCAAAGAUUCAACUGGUACUCUUGAAUUUAGCACUGCAAUUCCAGUAGCGGCAUCUUUAGUUCCGGGAUACCUGAGUUUCGAUAGUGACGAGCCUAUGCCAUUACAGAAAAGCUCACUGGAAAAUAUGACUUCUACAUCGCAGAAACUAGAUAGAAUCAAAUUAUUGGACGGUGGAAAAAAUAUUUUCAACUUCUCAUGCAAAAUUCGAAGCUCAGUUUUGCCGCACUCAAAGUUUCUGAGAAAUUUAUUUGAGAAUUCAACAAAAACAGCUGAAAUUGACGCUUCCGGAGGUACUCAAAGUUUCGCCCACUGUGAAGAGGCGCCCUCAGUGUCACCAACUGACAGUGAGAGUAGUGCGGUUACUGUCUUGCAAAAUGGAGGCGAGCAAGUCACUGGAAAAAUUGUUAAAGGAGUCGAUAUUCUGCAACAUGUCAAGGCCGCUCACGCGAUUGAUGAAGCAGAACUUGUGGCUUAUCUUCCAAUCAUCGUGAACAAAGUUCUUGACCUGAUCACGAAAACAAACUCAGAUGUCCAGAUUAACAUCAUGCGAUUCCUCGUGCACGUGGCAUCGACACUGGACAGAAUUGGCCGCAUACAUCUGCUAACUGAUUAUACCAGGCUCGUGUUCAGAACUGGGCCGAGUGAACGUGUUGCAGCGAACACAAACCGAAGCUCUGUACAUUACAGAAUAGUAUCCUCUCUGGUAUCUCUUCUGUCGUUCACUUCUGGAGAUGAGUUCUUCUACCGCAACUUACUCUACUUCACCUGGGUGUUCUUCGACAUUGUAGUGAAGAGUAUGGCUCAAACCAUUCUGAGGGAACAAAAAACCAAGAUUCCUCGCGCUGACUGGUUCUCAGAAAUAUACAACGAAACUCUCGCACAGCUAGUGACAUCCCUAUCUCAACAAAUCAUGGAUAGAAACGGCGCUCUAUUCAAGGAAACCUUCGUUGCUAAUCGUAGUCUCGCUUUCUUUUUGAAGAACCUUCUAUCAGUUAUGGACAGAGGAAAGGUCUUUGAUUUGAUCAAAAUUUACUGGACUAAAUUCGGAAAUCUGAAUUUAGCCGACGGAAAAGGAGUUGUGAAGUUGCGAGUAGAAUUUCUCAGUAUAGUGUGCACUCACGAGCAUUUUGUGGCACUGAGUUUGCCUGUGAUUGCGAGGAACAAGCACUUCGGCACCGUUUGGACAAAAGAUUUCAAUCGGGAGUUCACGUUGAAUGAGGAGUUCUUUGGCAAGCAUUUCCUAUCUGCAUUGGCUUUGGGCGAAGUGAGUUUUGACUUCAACGAUGUGCCCAAAAUAAGGAGUGGUGCCAUCUGUCUGCUGAGAAAUAUCCUCGCGAAGCUCUCGGCUGACACCCGAUAUUCAAAUGAGCACAACCAGACAAUUGUGACAUCAUUAUUUGUCCCUCUCUUCGGAAUUGUGGUCCAAAACGUGAACAGACUAAACUUCAGCGGCAACACUUUGCUUCUACAUCCAUCUUCUCACCGACCACUGUCCAGGUCAAUCUCAACCGAGAGCAUCUCGGAACUAGUUCACGGCAACUCGGAACAUCCGGUUCAAAAGCAAUCAUCAGUCGCGUUCUCACCUGUGGAAUAUUCUGGGAGCAGAAAGUCAUCCAGUUCCACAGUUAGGUUUGAUACGCUGGAUAGUCAGGAGAUCCGCAACUUGCUUCUGGCGUUUUUGCACGUGUUGAAAUAUUGUAAUGUGGACAUUCUUAGCAAUUGGUGGGACUACAGUAGUGAUGAACAGCAAUAUGGAUUCCUGAGUGCGUUGAAAAUAUGUCUGGAUUGUUUCCAGUACAAUCCCAACAAGAUAUGGAGCAAACGAGUUUCAAGACACAUGUCAUUCAACUACAGCAGAAACUACACAUCUGAAGACGAAACGACGACAACAACAAACAAUAGCGGGUCAAACAGAAAGUUUUCGACAAUGAGAGAAAUAUACACGAAUAGCACCUUUAACGCCCCAUCAGCCCAGUUGUCGAAUGGGGGCUCUUGUCGCGAGAAAUUUUCAGGUGUUCCGGUUGUCGCCAGUGGAGUAGGAGGUGGGGGAGAUAGUUUGAAUGAGAAGACAACGGGAGGUUUUGUGGCAUCAUCAAUGGGGGGCCAUUCUGUAGCUAUUAGACCGAAGACUAUCACUCUGACGUGGAUGGCGAGCAACGGCGAAGAUACAAACACGACGACGAAUUGCUCUGUGUCAAAUGGAGUUUUCUCUCCAAAUCUUUCCGACAACGGCCUAUCUUCACUCAAAGAAGCAAAUUUGGCUACUGAAACUGGACUGGUAGUUCUGGACACAGUAGACGCUCUGGCUGCUCACUUUAGAAAGCGAAUGGAGGCACUUCAGAGUGGAAGUGUGACACUGACUAGUCUGUUUGAGAUCUACUUGGGGUUCCUCAGGGCAAAUCACUCGGAAACUCUGUUGCAACAGGCAUUUGCGUCCAUGCGGCUCCUCAAUAGCAAGUUCCCAAUGAUGCUGUUCAAAGGCGAUCCCUCCCUGUGUGGUCGAAUGUGUUUCGAGUUGAUUCACUGUUUCUCAGCCAGACUGGAGUCGACCAGGUACCACAGCUGCAUGUUGCUCUACCUCCUCAUGAGGAACAACUUCAUCUUCACUGCCAGACAGAACUGCACCAGGGUCCAUUUGCAGAGUAUCGUUGCGGUGUCUCAACUGGUGGGUGACAUGUCAGUCACCACUAAUCCCAAGUUCCAGGAGUCUCUGGCGUUGGUGAACAACUUAGCAGCAAGUGAUAGAGGAAUGACUCACACAAAGUUGCCUGGCAUUGUGAAUGACCUGACCAAGACUAUCCGGAAGGUUUUGAUUGCGACUAGUCAGAUGAAGGAGCACGAGGAGGAGCCAGAGAUGCUUCUUCAUCUGCAGCACAGUCUAGCAGACUCUUAUGCUGGCACUCCUGCUCUGAGGCAGACAUGGCUGGAAUCGAUGGCCAAGAAACACACUGAACAAGCUUAUUAUUCAGAGGCAGCAAUGUGUUACCUGCACAUCGCUGCAAUGCAUGCCGAGUACCUCAAGGCUAAUGGACAGGCAGUGGCAAAUCCAAUCAGCACCGCAAACAUCAAAACCACCACAUUCGCCAACAAGAAAAUCUCAAUCUCGGGCAUGCAAUCAGCUGCGGCUAACUCCCUCAUAACGCAAUCACCUGUUAUGUCAUCUAGUUUGAGUUCAACUAGGAAUCAGCCGAAUGCGACAGCUGUGAACAACUUCGCCAACACGCUGAUUCCAACUGGAAAGUGUUUAUUCAGGGAGAUCAGUCCGAAUAUCGAAGAGGAUGAAGUGGCAGUUUUAGAGGAGAAGGGGUCACUUCAGGACGACUGUUUCUCACAGGAGAUUUUCGUGAAGUUACUCGAAACAGCGAUUGAAAACUUGUGGCAGUCUCAGAGAUUUGAACUGGUGCCCAAAGUGAUACAACUGAUCCUGCCCUACUAUGACAAAACGAGGUCGUAUGAGAAGUUGGUGGAUCUGCACAACCAGUGCAGCAAGAGCUACGUGAAGAUGAUGGAAGUGUACAAUAGUGGCAGGAGGUUCCUUGCAUCCUACUUUCGAAUCGCAUUCUUUGGGAAAAUUUUUGGGCCGGAUGAUGGGCAGCAGUAUAUCUACAAGGAACCCAAUGUGACGUCACUGGCAGCUGUGUCUGAGAGACUGAACAAACUAUAUGGGGACAGACUGGGACAGGAGAACUUCAAACUACUGCAUGACUCAGAUGUGGUAGCGAAGAACCUGGAUCCCAAAAUGGGUUUCCUUCAGAUCACCCACGUGGAACCCUACUUCGAAGAGAACGAGAGAUCAGACCAUAGGGCAAUCACAACCACCACCGACUUCGAUAUGCAUAACAAUGUGAACAAGUUCGUAUUCGAGGCUCCCUUCACCCGACCAGCAGACGGGUCGGCACCGGAACAAGCGAGACACGCGACCCAAUUAAAUGAACAGUAUAUCCGAAAGACUAUCUUGAGGACUAAGCACUGUUUUCCAUACGUGGAGAAGCGAAUAGUAGUUGACAUGGUGCAAAGUUUCGAACUGUCUCCGAUCGAGGUGGCGUGUGAGAGUAUGAAGAGGAGCAUCAAGGACCUCAAGGCAGUCACUGUGUCCAAACAGCCAGACAUGAAGAGACUGCAACUCAAACUGCAAGGAUGUGUCGGCACACAAGUUAAUGCGGGACCUAUGGCAUACGCAAGAGCCUUCCUUGAGGAUGAAAAGCAGUAUGGCUUCCCUGCAAACAAAGUCAAGGAGUUGAAGCGCAUCUACAUUGACUUCGUUGCCACAUGUGCAGAUGCACUGGAACUAAAUGGCCGACUGAUCAAAUCGGACCAGUUUGAGUUCCACGAAAACCUCAAACUCAGUUUCAAACUGUUAGUUGAAAAACUGGCGGCCAUUUUGAAGAUGAACAUUACUGACAAAGGCACAAUCGAAUGGGCCAACAAUCCUGUUCCGACGAUAAUAAGUGCAACUGAUUCGCCCGCGAUGCGCCGCGGAAACAUGAUGCCGUCGAUUGGAAGCUCGGUGUCGACAACACAGUCGUACAGCGGCGAGAACAGACGAAAUUCGACAAAGAUUCUAUCGGAAAUCAGCAAAACUUCAAACUCGGAUAAGUUUGGAUGAUUUGGAUCAAACUCGAUGAAUUGUUAAAAAGCUUAAGCGAAAUGCUGCAUUGCAUGUAAAAUUUAAAUGUUGAAAAAAGAUCCGAGAAUUCUUUUUUCGGAAUGAAAUUAUGUACUUUCCAAAUUUUAAUGGGUAAAAAUAUUUUCCUAGUUCGAUUAGUUGCUAUGACUGCUUGCUUUGUUUUAAGUUGAAAAGUUUUGCUUUCAAGGUGCGUAAUUGUAAAAUUUGUAUUCUCAGAAAUAUCAAUGAACCCUUUUUA